AUAGGAGUUUAACUCAUAUACACUGACAGUGUAAAUUGUCAUUUAUCAUAUUUUGCUCAUUAUUAGGUCACACAAAGAAUAUCUACAUGCAAGCUUCAAUAAAACGUUGACUUACCAUUUUGAUUAAUAUUAAAUGCUGCAUUAACUGAAACACAAUAUCAUAACAUGUGUGAUAAACUUAAAUAAUUGAAUCUAUAGUUAUCACUGUUGUAUGAAAUGUGUAUCCUAAUGCAAAACUUAAAAUUAAAAUUGUCGCUGAAAAAGUAUGCAGUAGACUGAAAUAUACUGAAUUUGAAUGUUAAUAUGAACAAAUAUUGAUUUUGAACGCGAAUCUAAAGAAAUUUACAAAUUCUGAACGUGAAUUUGAAUAUGUACACAGAACAUAAUUAGAUAAUAUUUUGAACAGUAAUUCAAGCAAUUCAAUGAUUUCAAUAGAACUUGAGUGUGAAAUCUGACAAAUUUGAACGCGAAAUCUUUAAAUUCUAUGCCGGGGUCUUUUUGUAACAAUAGAAAUGCUAACGUUACUAAGUUUUGGUAGGCUAACGGACAAGUCAAAGGCUCGAUAGAGGAAACGUGCACAACUAAAAAAGUUUGUUUUCUAGUCUUAUUUAACAGAGUUUGUUUUCUAAUCUUAUUUAACAGUUGAAUGAACCUGAUAAAGUAAUAUUGUUGAAUAAAAAAUAGUAGCAAGUGGAAUAAGAAUAAUAUUAAAAGAGGAAUCAAUCAUCUUUCCUCGCACUCCACCCCUUAAUUUUCCCUGUUUAUAUGGAAGACUUAGAUGUCUCAAAAUCUGAACCUGUUAUCUGAGAGAAAAUGCUUCCCCUUCUUUUGUUGAUGCUUUUGGCACAUUCCCGGUGGGUUGCCACCGCGAAUGUAACGAAUUGUAUUUCAAAUGUCAAGAACAUUUUUAUUUUAUCCGGACAGAGCAACAUGUCUGGUCGUGGCGGAGUCUUUAAUCAGACCAGCCUGACAGGUAUGGUUAAUUUGACUUGGGACGGUGUUGUUCCUCCUGAAUGUCAACCCAAUCCAUCGAUCGUUCGUCUAAGUGCACAACUUACAUGGGUUGAGGCUCAAGAGCCCCUGCAUAAAGAUAUAGAUGUGAACAAGACUUGUGGGGUUGGGCCUGGAAUGUCAUUUGCCAAUACACUAAAAAGUAAGGACCCGAAUAUUGGAGUGAUUGGGUUGGUCCCGUGCGCGAUUGGAGGGACAAAUAUUACUCAAUGGGCUCGUGGUGGAUGGCUUUACAAUGAAAUGAUAAGGAGGACGAAGGCGGCCUUGCAAGGAGGAGGGACGAUCCGAGGGAUGUUGUGGUACCAAGGUGAGAGUGAUGCAAUUGAACUUGAGGAUGCUCAAUUGUAUAAAAGCAGAUUGAUGAAAUUCUUCAAAUAUGUACGCAAAGAUUUGCAGCUACCUACACUCCCUGUCAUUCAGGUGGCAUUGGCAACAGCACCAGGGCCAUAUAUGGAGGUGAUCAGAAAAGCUCAGUUUGGGAUUAAGCUUCCAAAUGUGAGAACUGUAGAUGCUAAAGGGCUACCAAUUGGGCCAGAUUUGUUGCACCUUACAACUCCAGCACAUGUCCAGCUUGGGCAGAUGUUGGCUGAUUCUUUCCUUCAAACUCAAAAGAGCCUUGAUGUUCAUGCUGGGGAGCCUGGACCUCCGGCAUAGUUUCCGCGUACAGAACCAGGUGGCGGAUUUCCUAGCUAAGGAAGCAACUAGGAGAAUUCUAAUUAAUCAGGCCUGAGAUUGAAGGCUGUGCUUUCUCGUGGCAUUUAUAUUAACUGCGAUGGUAUACAAAAUUCGGUUGAUGCAAUAAAGCCGCCAACUUUUGCUGUAGUGAAGUUGACAUUGGCAAGAACAAAAGAAAAAAUUAGUUGUAUAUGUUGACGUUUAAAAGAAAAAAAUAAAUAAGAUGUAACGCAUUUCUACGUCAUUCAUACUAUUUUACGUUUCAGUUAUUUGUUCUUCUCCUUAGAUGUGGUCAUAUAGUCUUCUUGUAUUAAUUGUUUCAUUUAGCCACUUGUAGAGGUAGAUUUAGUAUGAAUGGGGUGGGUGUGGGAACAUGCUAAAACUCAUUUAAUUUAUAAUGGUUAAUCUUUUGGUUGUUUUCUUCCAUCUUAA